AUGUUUGACAUUGAAGAGCAAACUCACGGUGCGCUAGACAUCGUGACGCACCUUCCUUCAGGAAACCUCCCUUGCUGCUUGGCGGUGACCAGAGUUCAGUUCCCUCAAGGGUUCAACCUCGUUGAGUCCGCUUUCGGCGCUCACCGUACCGUAGCGAUUGCAGUGCUGACCAGGUACGCAAAGGGCACAGGUCAGCAAGGUGACAAGAGCCCCGCAGUUCCCUUUCUGCAAAAGAGACGGACCAACCACGGUUAA